AAUAACCUGUAAACCAGUGACAUAUCGCCACCCCUGCGGUCCGCAAAAAACAACAAAUUUCGGUGAUUUAUCUACUCCAGAAAUUUGGGUUUUCCUAUUUUUUCAAGUGGAAAAUUGUUCAACUGCACCGAGGGCUCGUGCAAUCGGUGGAUUUUGGGGUCCCUGGUGGCUCGAGGAUCGAUCCAACGACAUGAGGUCACCAGGACCUCGUGAUGAUCCCCCGAAAAUGAGUAGAUAAAUCUGGUUUUGGACAUUUGUUGAAUUUUUUUGGCGGAAACAACGAGGAAAAUGAGGGUGGCCGUCACUUGGGGAGGGCUUGUGAGACUUCUACGGAGGAGAAUCGUACUUGCCCUUAUUUUCGCCCUGUCUCUGACAUACUGCGCUAUUUCUCUACUGGCACAUGAAAAGAUUGGCUCACCAGUGGGGAAUUAUGGAGACGAUGGAGACGACAAUAUGCUUAUUGAUAACGACGAUGUGGGCGCGGAUCAGGAUUCCGAGGAUGAUUUAGGGGGGAAACAUGUGCCCUGGCCAGCGAUUUCUGCAUCUGAUGAUGCUGGUCUCGAUCAGAAUAAUAAUGGAUCGAGUGCCAGUGAGGUUGCACGAACUUGUCGAAAUUCUAUACAGGGUAAGGCUCUGAUUGUCGACGAGAGAGGUCUCGUCUGUGCCCGCAAGGAGGUCCUCCCAGGUGGUUGUUGCCGAGGGGACCUCGAAAAGACUGAAACCACAGGUGUAACAACAAUCGUCAAACGCGAGAGGUACAGCUGUGAGACCUGUAAUCCUGAGGGCUGUUGUGCUGUCUACGAGUACUGCGUCUCGUGCUGUCUUCACCCUGGAAAGAGGAGACCAAAGAAGGAGGCCCACGCAUCUCCAGUGCGCCGUGAGGCCCAGAAGUCCCGCAGAUCCGAGGACGCUGUGAAAAUAAGAUUUCGUAGUCUCGACAGAUUUCAAAUAUGCCUGGCAAUAUGCCGCACCUCAAGUGCAAGUGUCAGACACGAGAAUACGUACAAAGAUCCAAAUUCAAAGCACUGUUACGUCAAUUCCAUGAAUCAUCGUUCACCGCGUGAUGUUAAUAAUAAUAUUAAUAAUAAUAAUAAUGGCGACAAUGUCGCUGUUACAUCUUCUACUGUGCGGUUAUUUAUCCUUCAUCAUCCACAUCCUAAAUCCUUGUCCAUUGAUCAUGAAAAAUGCAUUGAGUUGUAUGAUUAUUGGUGUUUUAGUUAA